AUGGCCGGCACCGACGCCGAUGCCGCCCCACUGGCGACCGAGCCGCAUAAGCAGCCUUCAAGAGACGACAUCGGUCAUGAUGAGGUCGAAGAGGGUGUCGGAGAGAUCAACGAGAGCUCCGUAGCGAAGCCUGGAUAUCUCGACAAGCAACAGCACGCGAUGUAUGUCGAGGCGCUUGCCCAGUACCCCACCGACGACGACAUCGAUCCAGAGAAGGAGAAGAGGGUCCUAAGGAAGAUUGAUAUGAGGAUAAUUCCUCUACUGGGUAUCUGCUACUUCUUUUACUACGUGGAUAAGACCACUCUCUCAUACGCCGCCAUCUUCGGUCUCAAGGAGGACCUCGACCUUCAAGGCGAUGAGUACUCGUGGCUCUCGAGUAGCUUCUACUUUGGCUGGCUGCUCUGGGCCAUCCCGUCCAACCUCCUCAUGCAGCGCAGUCCGCCAGCCUACUACCUGGCCUUCAACAUCUUCAUGUGGGGGGCUCUCCUCAUGGCUCAGGCCGCGGCGCACAACUUUGGUGGCCUCCUCUCUCUUCGCGUCCUGUCGGGAGCCUUUGAAGCUAUUGCCGACCCGGCUUUCAUGCUCAUCACGUCGAUGUACUAUACCCGUGCCGAGCAGCCGAGCCGCAUCGCAGCUUGGUACGCCUUUAACGGCGUCGCUUCAAUAGGCUAUGGUAUCGGCAACAUCAAGGGAGCUCUUCAAUCCUGGCGCUACGAGUUCCUCGUCGUCGGCGCCUUUUGCGCAGCCUGGGCCAUCACCCUGCUAUUCAUGCUGCCGAAUUCUCCCAGGACCAUCUGGGGCUUUAGUCAUGACGAGAAACUCAUCAUGAUUGCCCGUAUCCGCCGCAAUCAGACGGGUAUCGAACAGCGCAAGAUCAAUUGGGGUCAGGUCAAGGAGGCUUACCUUGACUACAAGACAUGGCUCUUCACUCUGCUCGGGUUCGUAUCCAACAUCCCCAGCGGUGGGAUAUCCAACUUCUCGACGCUCGUCAUCAAGGGUCUUGGCUUUGACACGCUUCAUACUGCCCUCCUGGGCAUCCCUCAGGGCGUGUUCGUCAUCAUUUGGAUCGGCCUCGGUGCGCUGGCGAACAAGUACAUGCCGCCCAACAGCCGCACACUUGUCUGCGCCAUCUUUAUGCUUCCCACUAUCGCCGGCGCGCUCGGCUUCCUUCUUGCUCCUACCGAUGCCUACGUCGGUCGUUUGAUCUGUUUUUACCUCACAGGCUCCUACCAGGCUUCAUUCGUCAUAUGCCUCUCUCUCAUAACCUCAAACACGGGCGGACAAUCUAAAAAAAUGAUUGUGUCGGGUAUGAUAUGGUUCGGAGCCUGUAUUGGCAACAUUGCCAGCCCCUUUUUCUACCGCUCCGAGCAGGCCCCCACCUACCAUCUUGGCAUUGGCUCACUUCUCGUCUCCAACUGCAUUGAGCUCGCCCUCUUUUUCGUCUUUCGCUAUUCGUUCAUGUGGGAGAACAAGCGCAAGGAGAGGCAGCGUGAGGCCCUCCGGUUGGCGGGUGACGGCACGACUGAUGAGCUGAACGCGACCGCGUUCAAUGACCUAACGGAUAAGGAGAACCCCAACUUUGUGUAUGUAUACUAG